GAUAAAGAGAUGAUUGUAGUUGCAACUAGUGCUGAGAACAAUUGCAUCUAUUGUGUUGUGGCCCAUAGCGCUCUACACAGAAUAUAUUCAAAUAAUAAAAUCCUAGCAGACCAGAUAACUAUAAACUGGAGAUGUUCUGACCUAGGAGACAGAGAGAAGGCUAUUCUAGAGUUUGCCAUGGAUGUGUGUGCGUGCAAGGCUAUCACAGAUGAACACUUUAAAAGACUACAAGAGCAUGGAUUGGACAAGGAGGAUGCCUGGGACAUUGGUGCUAUUGUUGGCCUAUUUGCAUUGUCAAAUAGGAUGGCUCAUGUAACAAAUAUGAGACCUAAUGAUGAGUUUUACCUAAUAGGAAAGGCCAAGAAACAAUAAUUAAAUUGGCAAUUUAUUUGGCAUUUUCACACUCUGCCAACACAAAUUGAUGCCAAAUAUUCAAUAAAUUCCCAGGGUAAUUGUACAGGGUAAUUUACUUAGUGUUAUGUAUUAAUGUUUAUGUACAUUCAUGGAAUUAUUGGCUGGAGGAGUUCAUUACCUUCAUGGUCAGCUCAUAGAAGGGUGAUUCAUCAAUGGAAAAGAAGACUACAAAUACAGCGUAUUGACAGGUUGUUCAAAUUAGCCAAAGAUGGAAAAAUUCCCCAUAUUAUUACUUGCUAUAUGAGCACUAUGCAACAAUCAUAUACUUACUGUCAAUAACAUUAAUAAAUUCC